CCACUCUCCUACAGAGUGGUCACGCGAGACCAAGAGAAGCAGGACGCACUGCACCUAGUCGCUGACAGCAUCGCCCAGCAGCGCCAAACCGCUUCAGCCGCAAUCAUCCUCAACCCGCUCUGCAUCGCGGGGCUGUUUGCUAUGUGUGCUGGCGCCUAUCACCAGUACCAGCAUGCAGGUGUCGGCACCCUAUUGACGAUGCUUUCCGGCACCAUCAUCUUGUAUCUGUCGUUCGUUCGAUUUUAUACCUCGAAUUAUAUUCAGCUGGCCGAGGACUUUCGAUGGAAAGAUUUCAUCACUGGUCCUGACGGCAAGGAAGACACCGUCAUCGCAGCCGUCUACGGCGAGGACAUAAUCGGCACUGUCGUGCUGAGACUGGAGGGCGAUGAAAUAAAUAAGAAGAAGAAGGGCGCCGUGCAGCCCAGCGGCACAGUUGGUCGAGGCAUCAUCCGUGCCUGGACCACCAGGAUGCGAUACCGAGGGAAGGGAGUCGGCUCGGAUCUGCUGCACUACGCGGUUCAGACGACAAACCGUGCGUUUGGGCCAACCGCCAGCGUCGAGUUUGACCCCAACCACCCAAACAGCAAACACCACAUUCCCGACAUGUUUCUGAGGACAUUCAAGAAGCGCCAACAACGGGCAGAGAAGGCGCUG